GCAGAUGGACUGUUGUACAGCCAGCAACACAUUUACAACGGACAGACAGUAUGUGUGACUGCAUGCAUGCAUGCAGCCGUACUGUAACACAGCAGGAACUAUGUGUGGGAUAAUGAUUGUAAAGCACUGAGCGCCUUUGAUGUCCUCUGGAUUGGAUGCUGAGAGCAAUAAUCCUCUUGGGACAGGAAAUGCGGGAUACAGACUAGAGAGCACGAGGAAGAAAAGUGAAGUCGUCACACUUUGGCUGCUCUGAGGGCAGGUGCAAGCUAGCAGGAAACUAGUGAGGCAGGGAUUGAUAGACGUGCCAGCUGAACCUUAAAUGCUACAGACUUAGAAGGGAUAUUUUAUUUAUAUUGUUGCACCUUUUUCUUCUACUUCUUUUUUUUUCUUUGCCCUAAGAGGAGCACAGUGUUUCUAUCUAAGCUAGAGUAGUGUGGACAGCUCUGGGAGCACAAACAGAGGAACUUUCUAUGGUGAAGAUGAGUCUGGACCCUGUACAGGUGAUGAGCGGACAGGUGAAGGAGCUCCAAGUUUCUUCUUCAUCCAAUGGGGAAACCAGAGGAUCAUGGGAAGAGAAACCAGUGUUUGAUCAAGACCAACUGGGCCUCACCACCAAGCCAAAACCAGUGACAGGGAGACGAGCCCGGAAGGUGGAGGGAGGCGUGUUCUUCCCAAAGCCGGAGAACGCAGUGACGAUUGCUGUUUCUUCUCGGGUCUUGUUUCGAACUGAGCGUGAGCAGAAGGUGUUUGAGCAGAAAGGUGUGGAAGAAUAUCUAAGAUACCAAAUCGAGCACGAGAAUGAACCCUUUGAACCCGGACCUGCUUUCCCCUUUGUUAAGGCUCUGGAGGCAGUCAACACUUGCCUGCGGGAGCUUUACCCACAAAGUGAGGAACUGUUCGACAUCGUCCUGGUGACAUACAACCACGCACAUGUAGGAAUCCGACUCAUCAACACCAUCAAUCAUCACAAUCUGUUCAUUGAGAGGUUCUGCAUGACGGGGGGAAGCAGCCCCAUUGGCUACCUGAAGGCCUGGCAAACCAACCUCUACUUGUCUGCUGAUGCUGAUAAAGUCAGGGAGGCGCUGGCUGAAGGCAUUGCAGCAGCCACCAUGUUCAUGCCGGAGAAGAGGACGGAGGUGUCAGAGUCCCAGCUGAGAGUGGCGUUUGAUGGUGAUGCCGUCCUCUUCUCCGACGAGUCUGAACGCAUAUUCAAGGCCCACGGGCUGGACAAAUUCUUCGAACAUGAGAGAGAAAACGAGGACAGACUGCUGGAUCAUGGUCCCUUAAAGGGCUUCCUGGAGGUUCUGGGAAAGCUCCAGAAAAAGUUUUAUGCUAAAGGCCAACGCCUGGACUGCCCCAUCCGCACCUUCCUGGUCACAGCCCGAAGUGCAGCGAGCUCUGGGAUUCGGGCACUGAAGACGCUCAGGGCCUGGGGUUUGGAGAUCGACGAGGCACUGUUCCUUGCAGGUGCACCAAAGGGCCCCAUGCUGGAGAAGAUCAGGCCACACAUCUACUUUGAUGAUCAGAUGUUUCAUGUGGAGGGAGCAGCGGAGAUGGGUACCAUCGCUGCCCAUGUUCCCUACGGCAUUGCACAGAAACAUAACACCAAACAGAAAACCACUGAGGGGAAAUAAAAAAAUAAAAAAUCAGGACUUUAGAUGUUAGUGACACGAAAGAAAUGAUUGGGAAACAUCUUUAAGAGGAGGAGAAGGUUUCUGUUAAAAUGAAAAGAUUAACUUAUACUGUUAAAUGUUUGAAAAUGCGUAAGGGUCAUGUAGAGGUCUGGAACCGAACCUGAGAUGACCUGAAUGCCAACAUGACGAUCAGGUACACGCUUAAAGGCCUUAGUCUACUUUUUUCUGGUAAGCUGUAUCAAAUAUUGCUCUUAAUGGAACUUUUACAAGCACUCGAUUGCCAUGGUGAACUGAGUAUUUUUCUCAGUGCCUCUAGUGUUUAAUAAGAAGACCUCUUCAGUGCUGCAUCACUGGAGUAUGCUGAGUUAAGUGACUCCUGCUCAAACGAGCCAUUGCACUGUAUGUUGUCAAAAGGUUAGCUAUAAGCAAAAGGCAGAAAUUUAUGGUGAUGUACUGUAGCACGAGAGUUAAAUGUAAUUUUACUUUUAGUUAUUUUGUAGUUUUACUUAAAAGAAAUGUAAAAACUAUAUAUAUAUGUAUAUAUAUAUACAUAUAUAUAUAUAUAUAUAUAUAUAUAUAUAUAUAAAAAUCUGUGCACUGUAUACUAACUUCUCUUACAAGCUAUAAGUUUCCGUUGUGUGCCUUAGGAAUGGGAUUAUACCUCUCUGGAAUGUCCGUUGGCACGUUACUGUUUUCACAACGCUCUGACAAUUUUAAACCUAUACCCGGCAGGAUCUGAAUCAUCAACCUGAUUUCUUGAUAUACUUGUGAACACUUGUGAGCCUCUUACCUGCAGUCACAAUACAACCUUCCUUGCAGGGAGUUUUGUUGUAUCUUAGAAAAUUACAAUACUAUUUGUUUUGAUGAAAACUUUGUGGUGUUCAGAAAUGUACAUGUUUAAGUGUGAACAUGAUAGAGCACUUUAGAAGCUCGAUUUCCUCUUUAUAGCAUCAUCUGUACAAACUAACGUUAGCAUGAUAAGCUUUAUCUUCUUAGUAUUUUACAUGUAUUCUUCUUCCUUAUUUCCUUGUUAGAUUUUACUGGUUACCUUUAAUUUACUUGAAUUCAUUUAAAAAAAACCACUGAAAACAACUAAACUAAUUUCCAACAAGUAAUAACUUAGCCUGUUUGACCAUGUUAACAUGCUUUGCCAUGCUAACAUGUUCAUUUCAGAGCUCUCAAAGAUGAGCUAAGGCUAGUUUUCUUAAAAACGAAGGAAACUGGAGGGAAAAGUCUGAUCAUUAGGCUCCAGUGGUUUAAAGAACAGAAUAUAAUCAACACUGUUCUUGACAUGUAAUCAGUCAAGUUACUUUUACAAGCUUGGUUAAGACUUAUGACCUGAUCCAAUAGUCUUUUUUGCUUAGGAACCUUGGAGUAAUGACCUUGAAGCAAGUGAGUCAAGAGCUAACUAAAAUUCUAUAAAAGCUAAGAAAAGCACCUCCAAUUCUUCCUUCAUGCUCUUCUUUUGUAUAUUGACAGGACAAUAUGUAUAAAAAAGAAUGUGGAUAAUUCCCACAGUUCCUUGUAACCAUAACAUCCAGAGUGAUCCUCGGUUGUUGUCAGACUAACUGGGAUUUAUGUAAAUAAAUGAGAGCAAAAGGGUGACUAACAGAUAAGCAGCCAAUAAUGACAUUUUUUACUUAUGUGGCCUUGUUUUGAAUUGCCAGUCCUGAUAAUGAAGUAAUAUUUUAUGUUAUACCUUAUUGUGAUGUAUAUUACAUAUAUGAGAGCACAUUAGACAGAAAAUUAUCUGAAGCACUUUUCCAAAGUUUCCCUACUGCAGAUGCUCGUUACGUCCUUACAAACCUUUCCAACUACCCUCUUAAAACAAUUCAAAAUUACUUUUAGAUUGUUGCCCCUAUUUAGAGGACAGUGAUAUAUUUAAAGGUUUAGAGUAUAAUAAAGCACUAGUAAUAACUAUAAUGUGUCAAUAUUCUAUUAAUUAAACCUGGAGUAGAGUUUUUUCUUCAGUGGCCCUAAAACUCUUCUGUAGAGAACUAUCAAUUUGAAAAAAAAAAAAAAGUAUUUCAACAUAUUGUGAUACAAGUGGACAAAUGGCAGCAAAGCCUCUGCCUCCCAUAGCCAUUGAGAAGAGACUAAGUUAUUUUAGACCAGAUGUGGACACAUGGUGACAACUCUUUCCAGAUUAUUUUUGUCCAGUCUGGUCUCAAAUUUGGAAAGUCAAAGAGAUAUUCUGAUAAUUGGCUGACAAUCUGUAUCUUAUUUCAGUCAAACUUCAUUUCAGUUAACAAAAAAAAAAAAAAAAAAAAAAAAAAUAGUAGUCUUUCAUUGACAAAAUGGCCAAAAGGGCUUUUAGAAAAUGUCAGUCCAUUUCACAUCUGUCUGUCACAGCUUCCAGACGCUGAUGCUUCUUUACGGCUCAUCAGCCUUGGAUCACAGACUUCAGGGACGAUAAACCAUGUGUUUGACCUCAUAGUCAAAACACAUAAUCAAUAAAUCAGUGUCUGAACUAUUGGAAGGGGAAGUUUCAGUAUGGUGAAUUAAUCAGGGCAGCCUAGAAUUUAUGGCAACAUUCAACAAAGUUUGAACAUUUUUUCUGCUUUUGUUUAUUUAUUAAUGGCUUUGCAGUAGGAAAAAUGUACAUGGACUCAAUAAAGAUUAAAACUG